CCGCAGGUUUCAGGAAGUCUUGAGGCUUGAACACAGUCUGUGUCUUUACCUGUCUGUCAUCAUUCAGUCAGUAUGGAGCUCAGGCAACUUUCUCUUGUGCUCUUGCUGAUUUCAAACAUCCACUCUGAACAAACUGAACAAAAACCAAAAGCCAAAGUGAGCAUUAAACCUGAUCAUCAUGUGUUCAGAGGAGAGACAGUCACUCUCAGAUGUGACAUUGAUGGUGAAGGAGUCUCUAGCUGGAAGUACAGCUGGUAUAAAGACGGUUCAGACAGUGUUUUCAGUGAACUACAGGAACAAACAUUCAGUUUUGUUACUGAGUCUGACGCAGGUAAAUACUCCUGUGAUGGAGCAGAGAGAGAAGGAUCACUGAGAUCACAACAGAGUGAUGCAGUUACACUGACAGUAUCUGAUAGACCCGAGGCAGUUUUAAGUGGUUCUCCACAGAAGUGGUUGCCUGAAGGAGAUCCGGUGACUCUGAUCUGUAAGGUUAAAGGCUCCUCUACAGGCUGGACAUUCAGCUGGUGUACUGUUUCAUCAAAUUUUUCUUUCUUGAAAAUAAUGGUGUUGGUUCUCUGCAUUGUUUCUGCAUUUGGAGCUGUGCUUCUGUUCUGCUGUCUGAUCUACUGCCCAUCAAAUAGCACAGCUUUCUCAAGCAGAACAAACUUCUGGACAAUUCAGGUUUCACUUGUCUUUUGUCCAAACAUCUGCAUGUUUUUUGCCUUCAUCUUCUGGGGUCUUUCUAAAGGAUUUGAUAGUGAGAUAAUCACUUGCUGUGCUCUUUAUAUUCUGAGACCUGUUAUGUAUCUUACAGUUUUUUAUAUCAAUGAAAAGAGUGCACAUUUUAGGAACAUGGCACAUCUAUUUCUUGGAAUAUGCUUUGGAUGUGUUGCGGUCUUCUGUCUAAAACUGUUUAGAGGAUUUGGUCGGAUGCAGUUUAAUUGGAUCUCUUCAUUUUUUCUAUCUUUGGCACUCUUUGUCGAACACAUUUCCUUAUGUGGCCUUCUCAAAUCAGUGCAUCCCUCUCAUAUGACCAUGUAUGCAUCUGGAACAGUUGGUCUUGUUUUGUUGAACUCUGGACUACUGUCAUCAGAACUGAUCCUGGAAACAUGGAACGGGGGGCGUAUCAUUAAGGAUCUAAGAAUCAUUGUCUUCCCCUGUGAAUGUGUUUUGGCUUUAUAUUGGAUAAUUAACUUCCGUUCUUUCUAAGUAUCUUAUAAUAUUUUUUUAAUGGAGACUCAGCUUUUGUUUUGUUUUUUUGUUUUUUUUUUUGCUAAAUAUUUUGACAUUCAAUAUUUUACAAUAUGGUAACAUGGCAUUUAUUUUUUUUCUCUCUCUCUUUCUAAUGCAUCCUGUCAUAUAGUGAAGAUUAGGCCUGAGUAAUUUCCAUUUUUUAUUCUUUAAAACUGUUAUCCUCUAGAAAAAACUGUGUAGAUUGAUAGCUGAUGAAAAUGUACCUGCGGGAACUUUUUCAGUAAGUAUAAAUCACUGCAGUUUCCAACAGAAAUGAGCACUAGAGGUGGUAAAACAGCAAGCAUUUGUAAUCGUUUAUGAUUACAGCUCCAUAUGUUUGGCUUUCUGAACAUAACAAGCUUGCUUGGUAGCUCAGCCAGCAGAGAAUUGAACUUAGGAUGCAGAAUCCUUGGUUCCAAACCCUGUCAAAAACAUGACUCACGAUGAAUGAGCUGAAAGAUGAGAGAUCAAAAAACAAGCUAAAACACCAUGUGAUUGCGUUUUUACAUCACAUUUGCUUUUGUUUAUACUAUCGGGUAGAUUUAGGACAGGUGUAGUGCAGAUACGCUAUUUUAAAACGUCAAUGCUAUUAAAGUUAUAGUGCCACUUAACAGACAUUUCAUGGCAGAACUGCGUCGACGUACAAAACCAACAUCACAUAAAAUGCACCAUAUACUGUAUAUGUUCACUCAGUGGACAUUUUACAUUGAAUAUGUCACGAAACACACAUGGCGCUAUGUAUUUCGCAUCUUGCAAAAAAGUUCCCACAAGUACGUUUUUGGCAUGAGAACAGGUUGGAUAUUUGGCAUGUAAUUGUGUUUUUUCCUGUUAUAUUGACACAGAUUUGCACACAAUGUAUAUAAUUCAGAUGAAAGUCACUGACAUCAUCUAAGGGUUAUGCAAAAAUAUAUCAGCUGAUCUGCUGGAUAAGGUUUGUCAUCUUAGUAUAGAGUACAGAUAUGUACGUGCUAAUUUCUUGUUUUGAACAGAGAGCAUGAGACUCAUGAAAUGGAAAAUUUGUCUUCAUCUGAUAAUGGUGAAUCAAAGAGACCGAAAUGAGACUGUGCAAAAUAAGCCACAUCCUGCACUCUGACCGAUCUUUUAGGCUGAGCAAAGUCUCAACAAGCAAGGGGGUUUGGUUUUCUGUCACCAGUUACUUACAUGAUUUUGUAUUUGACAUACAACUAUGUAUGUGGUUUGUUUUGUGCAUAAAUGUAAUUCUCAUUUCUUGUGUCUCCUGUUUUUU